AUGAGCACCAAAGAAGUUCCUCCUCAUCUCUGGCCGCUCUUCCUCCCCUUCCUACGCAAGCCUGUCCCGCCCCCGCUGUCGAAAGCUCCUCGUUCGGAAUGGCGUCAGCAUGACUUGGCGGUCGCGAUGCGUGUGAGCAACCUGUUUCACGCCAUCUGCGAGCCGUACCUCUACACGCAUAUCGUUACAGACGAGUUUAAUGAGCUACUCGGGCUGCUGGACUCGGCCGAUGCGAGAGUCAGAAUAUACCGCCGACAACAAGUCGCUCGGACUAGGAGCCUGUACCUGGAGUAUAUUCCCGUGGAGGAAAGAGAAGGAUACCAUCUAAUCUUCGCACUGGGUGGCUCGACGUGGCCGAGCGUCGGCGCGAUGAAAGGUAGCGGGGCGGAGAUCCGGGCGAAGAACGCGGCCUGUGCCGGCGAACUUGCUACUUGGGUCCUCACGCUAUGGGACAUGAAUGAGGUGGGCCUACCCUCUCGAUUCCCUAGUCUGGAGACUCUGGCCAACGCCUCGAUAGGGGGCGAGCGCGACCCGGACCAAUGGACAACCUCAUCACUUCCGCUUCCCUACGACAUCUCUGCAUUCGCGACGCUUCCGGUCCCCUCUCCUUACCCCCCACGACCCAGACGGCCCCUUUCCACAAUCUCCCCUCCGCUCAACACGUCACCACCAUCCAUCUGGGGGGGGGGUCGAUUCACCCUUCUCCUUGGCGUUGAUCGGUCCUUCCGAUGGGUGGGGGACCUGCCGGCUACUCAUGACUGGAAAGCGGCCAUCCAGUCCAUAUUCAUCCCGAAAUCCCUCGAUACGAUCAUCAACUACCGGACGGAGCGCGCCGGUGUGGCCUACCCCUCGGAGCUUGACGUCGACGUCUAUCUGUCAACUACCCAUGACCUGGACGCGGAUUUCGUCGAGGCGCUGCAAGCUUUCACGCCAGGACAGAGCGAUUUGACCCAAAGCUGCUCUAAAUCGGCGAUCGAAAAGCAGCGCAAGGUGGCCGGCGAGCUGGGUACAGCAUUGCAGGGCAUCCUCAGAGAGGGGACUGAACGCAAAGACAUGAUCCGCUGGCAUGUCUUAGCAGACGCGCCCACAUGUGGUGCGUGUGGAUCCGGAGUGCCUACGUGA